ACGUUCGUUGUUAUAAAGCUAGCGGCGAAAGGUUUUUUUGAAAAGUGGUAGCUUAAAUACGAUGUCCAGGAUCAGGAUUCAGGAAGCCAUGAAUUUAAGGGAUAUCGCAGACCAAAGUUACUCUAAGCUCAUGGUAAAGCAGCAUCCACCAGACAAGCAAGGCUUGACAGAAGCCUCCAUUAAACUAAUACAGCUGGAGGAUCAUUCAUCUCUCCAACCUGAUGACUCAUCAACGCAUCAAGAUCAAAGUUCUAAGAGCAUCUUGGAAAAACUGUCACCGUCAAGCAAGAAUGGAUCAUCAAUUUUCUUCAUCAAGCAAGAAGAAACAGAUGAAGAUUCUAGCUACAGUUCCAGUAACCUGCCUCAAAGUUUGGAUGAUAAGGCCCAGGGUUCCAGUCCUCACACAGAUAUGGAAUACCAGAUCACCACUUACACCCUUGGGGAAAGUAGAUAUGACUCCAAGAUUGACAAUGUCCUGGAAAGAAUUCAAAGUAAGAAAGGGUCCAUGGGAAAUGAUGCAGAAAAGGUAACAUAUUUUGAGAAAUCAAUAACCAGGACUUGUGAAGAAACAUCUAAAGUUAGCGUGUCUGCUUCCUCUUGUGUUAAUCCAUUUAAUUGUUCAGAAUGUGACAAAAAAUUUCCAACCAAAGCUCGACUAAAUAGACAUUUACAAACACACUCGGAUGAAAAAACUUAUGUGUGUAGUGUAUGCAAGAAAGGUUUUCCCAAUUCAAGGAAUCUUAAAGUUCAUAUGCAUACGCAUUCAGGUGAAAAACCUUAUCCUUGUACAUUGUGUGACAAAAAAUUUCCAACCAAAACUCGACUUAAUAGACAUUUACAAACACACUCGGGUGAAAAACAAUAUUCAUGUCAAAAGUGUAGUAUACACUUUGCUUCAAAACAUGGCCUUGAGUAUCAUAUGAUGUCACACUCUGGUUUAAAGCCUUACUUAUGUUCAUUCUGUGGCAAGAGAUUUAGGGCAAACAGUCAGCUGAAAAGUCACAUAAUGACUCAUAAAGGUGAAAAGUCUCAUUGUUGUUCUUUGUGCAAUGCAAUAUUUUCCCGCAAACGUUCCUUGGAAGAACACAUGCUUGUUCACACAGGAGAAAAACCAUUUCAGUGUGAAGAAUGUAAGAAAGUGUUUGCCGUUGCUGAAAAUUACAAAAGGCAUAUUCGACUACAUGCCAAAGAAAAGCCCUAUAAGUGCUCCAAGUGUGAUAAGCAAUUUGAGAUGAAGUCUUCUCUUAUGAAGCAUUUCCAAAGGCACACUGGUGAAAAGGGUUUCUUAUGUCCUGAUUGUGGUAAAAGGUUUUAUACCAAUUCCUACCUUAUUCAGCACAUGUUUGUGCACUCCGGGGAGAAACCUUUUCCUUGUACAUUGUGUGACAAAAAAUUUCCAACCAAAGCUCGACUAAAUAGACAUUUACAAACACACUCGGGUAAAAAACCUUAUGUGUGUGGUUUGUGUAAGAAAGGUUUUCCCAAUUCAAGGAAUCUCAAUGUUCAUAUGCAUACGCAUUCAGGUGAAAAACCUUAUCCUUGUACAUUGUGUGACAAAAAAUUUGCAACGCAGUAUCAACUGACGCGUCACGUGAAAACGCACAUGAAAACGCACUCGGGUGAAAAACCUUAUGUGUGUAAUGUGUGUAAGAAAGGUUUUCCCAAUUCAAGGAAUCUCAAUGUUCAUAUGCAUACGCAUUCAGGUAAUAAACCUAAUCCUUGUACAUUGUGUGACAAAAAAUUUGCAACACAGUAUCAACUGAUGCGUCACAUAAAAACGCACUCGAAUGAAAAACAAUAUUCAUGUCAAAAGUGUAGUAAACACUUUGCUUCAAAACAUGGCCUUGAGUAUCAUAUGAUGUCACACUCUGGUUUAAAGCCUUACCCAUGUUCAUUGUGUGGUAAGAGAUUUAGGGCAAACAGUCAGCUGAAAAUUCACGUAAUGACUCAUAAAGGUGAAAAGCCUUAUUGUUGUUCUUUGUGCAAUGCAAGAUUUUCUUGCAAGCGUUCCUUGGAAGAACACAUGCUUGUUCACACAGGAGAAAAACCGUUUCAGUGUGAAGAGUGUAAGAAAGUGUUUGCCGUUGAGGAUAAUUACAAAAGGCAUCUUCGACUACACGCCAAAGAAAAGCCUUAUAAGUGCUCCAAGUGUGAUAAGCAAUUUCAGAUAAAGUCUUAUCUUGUGAGUCAUUUCCAAAGGCACACUGGUGAAAAGGGUUUCUUAUGUCCUGAUUGUGGUAAAAGAUUUUAUACCAAUGCCUACCUUACUCAGCACAUGGUUGUGCACUCCGGGGAGAAACCUUAUCCUUGCUCAAAGUGUGAUCAGAGAUUUUCAUUUAAGACAAGCCUUGCUAAGCACCUGCGACGACACACUAAACGCUGAUCGACUGAUCAAUAGUAGAACUUGGUAAUGUGGAAUAUUGAGGGGAAAAUUAUUCAUUCAAAAUAUAGUCCAUUAUUCCAAUCAAUAUUUGUAUUAAAAAAAUAUGAAUUCCAUUAUAUUUCAUUAGCUUACUGCCCUGAUAUACAUUUUUGUUUUUGUUGCAGUAUUCCUCAAUUGCACAAGUACAAAAUCUAUCCUAUUAUUAUAGCACCAAUCCUGUGUUACCUACAUAUGCAUUUCAUAUCAUCCAUAAAUUUGGAAAUUGUAGAAAAUAGAAUAACAUUUAUUUUUUGUGACUUCAAUUAUUUUCCUGAGAGCAAUGUGACCAUGUUCCUUAUUUCAAUGGCCUGAUUUUGAAAAUAUACUAUUGUAAGGCUUCUAUCGACCAUAUCAAUAGCCCUUGCACAGGUGCAAAUGUGAUUGGUAUUGGUAGAUAUUUGUAAGAAAUUUAUGAAUAAAUUUAAAAGAAUAAAUUGAAAGUCUUGUCCUGUAACUAUUUCAUUAUAUCCUCAAAAAUGUUAUUCUAGAUUAUUUUUCAAUACAUAAAAUUGCACUCCUACUUUACCAACCCCAGAAAGUUCAGUUGCUUCUCCCCCUCGCAAGCAGUAAUUUUCCUCUUUAUUUCUAUAUUUUAUCUGACUGAUGCCUGAUAAUUUUUAGCUCAUCCGGCCCAAAGGGCAAGAUGAACUUAUGCUGUGGCAUGUCCUCCGUCCACAAUUUGAAAAUGUUUCUUUUUCAUCAUUUCAAGUCUGAUUUCAAUUCUGUUUGCUUUAUAUGAUAGCACAAGGUGGGGGAUUCAAAAUUUUUAAACAGAAUUUCGAAACUCAUUAAAUAUGCUAAUUUAUGCGCAUUUUUCAUUAUUCACAAGAAAUUCUUCCUCUUCUUUAUUUGUUGACUAUUUUGAUUUUUUUGCUACCAUCUGGUAGAACUUCAUGAGGUUCACCAAACUUCUACACUGAAUUUUGACAUUUUUUCUAGACCAUUUUUUAUGCUAAUUUAUGCAAAAUUAAUAUAUGUGUAUUUUUAAAAAUUGACAUAAAAUGCUUCUUCUUCUGUAUUUUUUGACCGAUUUUGACUUUUUUUAUCUUCCAUCUUGUAGAGCUUCAUGGGGUUCACCAAAUUUGUACACAGAAUUUUGAAAUUUUGAGUAAAAAUUAUAAAUGCUAAUUUAUGCGAAAUUUAUUCAUUAUCACAAAAAAUGCUUUUUUCUCCUUCAUUUGUUGAUCAAUUUCAAUUUUGUUCCCUUUAUAUGAAAGCUCUUGGUGGGGAUACAAAAUUUCAGCUCAGACUUUGAAACUAAUUAAAUAUGCUAAUUUAUGCAUAGAUUUCAAAACUCACCUUUUUUUGACUGAUAUUAUUAUUUUUUUGUUCCACCUGAGAGCUACAUGAGCCAAGGUUCUACUCAGAAUUGAGAAAUUUAUUCAUAAAUCACAAAAAAUACUUGUUCUAUGUCAUUUCUUCAUCAAUUUCAAUUCUGUUUCCUCAAUUUAUGUCACCAAUAUAAUUCACUACAGUGUCAACUGGGCUGAAAUUAAAAAUUGUGUUAAAUAUAGUUGUGAGAUGCUGGAUGAGCUCCACAUCAUUGAUGUGCAAGUUAUCCCAAUUCAGUUAUUUAUUGUUACAUUAUGAAAGAACCUUUCUUUUUUCUUUCAUAAUGUAUUUAAUUACUUGGUUUUCUCUUUUCAAAUAAAUUACUUCGUUGAU